UCAGAUGCAAAUAUAAAAAGCUGCAAGGCACAGGUAGUGUGAAUGCAGUGUGUGCACUAAGUGAUCUGUCUGCAUGACAAGGCUGUCCACACAGCUGGCUAUUGGGAUCUGUCUAUUUCCCAGCCAUGGACAAGGAUUUAAAUUCCCCAUCAUCAUGACAUAUGACAGGAGCAGGUCUCUGGAAACCUGAGAUGUAUGACUGGAAUCCUCUAUUCCCAUGAAGAAUCUAAUACCAUGGAAACGUGCAUGCUUCUUCACAAUCUGCCUCAUUCAACAAUUCUAUCACAAUGAAGGAAUUAUACUGUUUGUCCCGGAACCACUGGUUAAUGCUACAGUGUCACACAACGUCUUACUAUCGGUGCAAUACAUAUGUAAUGGGACACCAUCGAUAGAAUGGCAGCACACAUCAAACUGGCGGAGUGAACGCAUUAUUGACUGGAGGACAGGGUUCUAUUUGAAUAUCUCCAAAGGUUAUGCUGGCAGAGUUAAGGUGUAUGACAAUGGCUCUAUCCUGCUGGAGGAUGUCGGAGUGAAAGACACUGGGUAUUAUGUGGUCACUGUCACCGAGGAUUAUGGGAACACUAAGCACGGCACCAUCUUUCUCAGUGUUCAUGAGAUCCUCUAUGAAGAUUUCUAUUUUGUAGCAGUAUUUAUCGCCUUCCUGGCGGCAGGCGCUGCCGUUUUGAUCUGCCUCAUGUGGCUUUGCAAUAAAUGUAUAACUGUUGUUCAGAAGAGGAAGCAAAGUCGAAGAGAAGAAGAGAUUGAAUUGAGAAUAAUUUCUGAAUAAAUGAAGGACCUAUUUUUCUGGAGUCUACCUCAAGAUCCAAGCGUAAACAUGAAUUAAAGGUUCAUAAAUAAAGACUAUUUAUUUAAUUCACCGUUUGGUAGGAGAUCUGUUUUAUCUAUAUGCACUGAGAAAACCGAUUUGAACAUUUAGUACGUGAAAGACAUUUUUGUGAAAAGAAGGGGAAACAUCUGUAGUUUAUCAGCAAUUGUGAACAUUUCCUAUUUUUGGUAGAAUUCACAUUCAAUUAUGCUGUUCCAUGAUGCACCGUCAUUGUCUACAGAAAUCCUCUGGCGGUGUUUCUGGGAAACCUGCUGGGCUACGCAUGUUGCAAAUGGACCCUGGGACGUCUCCUAGGUCCAGCUCACACAGCCCUCUACAAGUAACAUACACUGUAUUUUGAGUGUGUAUCCAAAACAGUGGAAUUACAACUCAGAUGUUCCCAAGUCAAGACUCAAAAAAUACACGGUAUUAAAUUUUCCUUUAAUGACAUCAACUGUAUAGAGCAAUCAACAAGUGUGUCGAACGAUCAAGGACUAUGACAGCAACAAGAGUUGGUAGGGGAGUCAAGUAUUACCAAGGAGACAAAUUUCUCCCCCUGGGGGACUGUAAUGGAGUCAAGUAUUAUCAAGGCACCCAAUUUCCCACCACCUUCAAGUUACUGCUCAUCCGCUAUUGGUAUCAAGCUUGUGACAAUAUACAUUCAACACAUACAUUCAGCGUAGGCGCUUCUUUUUGACAGGUGCCUAUAAGCAGCUGCCUUCCAUGUCCAUUGGUGAUCAAGUCCUGUGUGCCAUUAGUUCGCAUUGUUCUGAUUUCCAUAUUUUUGCCCUAUGGUGAGAGCUGUGUUUGACAUACUUCCAUCAGAACAAUGUGUAAAGAUGGAAUUAUGGUUGUUUGAGAGUGGUUGGCCAAUAAUGACACAUCACGAGAAGACGCAUCAUUACUGGAGGAAUUGAUGUUUACAGUAGCUAAAGUUCUAGAAUUUGCUCAUCACUAGUGCAUGAACAUUAGUGAAUUUAUUCACGAAAUGGUAAGUCGUGACAAGUGUACAGUUUUACAAUAUUUACUCACUACAUUGUGAAUUGUCUGAACAUCGAAGUGAAUUGAAAAUUUUACGCCAAAAUAGUAAGGCUAAAAACAAAAAUAAAUUUCAAGUUUGGCUAUUUUGGACAAACAUUUGAAAUUCACAAUAAUUUACCCUUCAGUGAAUAACCCUAUAAAGAAAGCUAUUCGUUUUAGAAGAGGCUCAAGGAACACUAAAUUGAAUCUUUCUUUUUUCCAGGUUUGAUAUUUUGGCUUGAAUUUUAGACCACAGUGGUGAACUCGUCUAUACAACUCAUAAUUUAGUGAGUUAACUCCCACAAGUAUUGUCAUUCCCUUGCACUGUACUGUACUGUAUAGCCAUGGAAAACAGAUAACAUUGUAUCUUUAGCCAAGUGACAAUCUAUUCUUCAGAUCAAACCCGUUGGAUGGGAUUCCAAAUCACCUAACAAAGCAUAUUGUCUUAAGACUUGUUACAACACGCUACAUGGCCAUUAGACCGUAUCAAACAAAUACGCCAGGGGGCAUUUAAAGUUCUGUGUUCAAUGACAUAAUAACAGGGUCUAUAACAUCAAGUGUGGUGUCCGUGUGAUGUACAUGAGGUGUGUAUGUUUACAUUCAAUAUUUAAAUUGUCAUAUUUUUGGAAGUAAAUAAACAAUUAAAUAUUUGUCUGUUUU